GAGUUCUAUCUGAUAUUCCUACUCAUCCUCCCGAUUGAUUUUUAUUGGUAGAAUAAUCGAACAAAAAAGAUGUCAGGUGGUCCGAUUGCACAAGAUUGGGAGCCGGUGGUGAUCCGCAAGAAAGCUCCCACCGCCGCCGCGCGUAAGGACGAGAAAGCUGUCAACGCCGCUCGUCGCUCUGGUGCGGAGAUCGAGACUGUACGCAAGGCUACUGCAGGUUCAAACAAGGCUGCCUCUAGUAGCACUUCUCUAAACACUAGAAAGCUUGAUGAAGAAACUGAAAAUCUCACCCAUGAGAAAGUACCAAGUGAGUUGAAGAAAGCUAUCAUGCAGGGUCGAACUGAAAAGAAGCUUACACAGUCUCAACUUGCUCAGCUGAUUAAUGAGAAACCCCAGAUUAUACAGGAGUAUGAAUCUGGGAAGGCUAUACCAAAUCAACAGAUCAUCACCAAACUGGAAAGGGCUCUUGGUGUGAAGCUCCGGGGUAAGAAAUAGAGGACAUUAACAGUUGACAGCUGCAGAGGGUUUGUGACUUUUGCAGUAUUGUUAUCAAUGUUUUUACUAAAAAGAUAAAAAAAAAAAAGAAGUGGGGAUGCAGAAAACCUUUUGUUUAAUUCCUCUGGUUUGAGUUGACCACUUGUGUUGUGGACAUGGUUCUAAGAAGAUCUUGUCUGUUAUUGUGGAUUUUAUUAUGGUUUGGACUGAGAUGCAUCGAUGUGUGGUGGUUCAUCAUAUCAUAACGCUUAAUAUAUAAAUGUCUGUCUGUAUGGCGGUUACCCCUUCUAAUUUUCUUAA